ACAAAAGAUUAAUAGAAAGAGCAAUAAUUAAUAGAUAUAAAGAUGUAAAUGCUAAUGAAUCUCUGAAAGAUAAACAAGAAUUGGCAGACAUGUAUUUACAAAAAAUUAUACAACUGCAACUUGACUUCCCUGACCCUAGUGAUGUGGAAUCAAGGAGGUUUCUGAGAGGACAGUUGGGUGUAUCAGAAAACGAAAAGAAGUAUGAUAGGAGCUCAAGCAACGGUGGCGAAGAAGGAGAAGUUGUAGAACAAGAUAACGCAGCCCAAAUCAUUAUAAAUAUGGAGACUACUAUUACUGGGAAACAAAAACAGAGUUCUUCUAUUCUCAGAGAGAUGUUAUUCGUAAAGUAUAGCAAAGGAGAGGAGAAUGCUUUUUUAUUCUUUCAAAAGUUGGUUACGGAGGGCAGAAAACAUCCUCGCGGGUGGAAGCGCUUUCUCAAUUACCACAGAUUGGUCUGGUACAUUUUCUCUGCAAGCAAAGAAGCAAAGUAUUUAAAUGGAUGGCAAGUACAGUUAAUCACGUGGAUUUUUAUUUGUUGGGAAUGGCAGGAAUACAUGAAUCUUGUCAUAGAGAAGUGGAAAGAAAUUGCUGAUCUUGAAACGAAUACACCUUCACUUCUGAUGAUCGUAGAGCAUCUAAUGGAUACGAAGGCGACCCUCUAUGAAAGCAGUGAGAAUGCUCGUUCAGAGAAAUCGGCCAAUUCAAUGGAAAAGAGACUUGACGUGUUAGAGAAUUCGUUGGCUGAGUUGAAGAAAGAAAUGAAAGAGUUAAAAGAACUCCUAUCUGAUGAGAUGAAGAAAGAUGUGAAGGAAUUAGAAAAGCAGGUGUCUGACGACUUAAAAGAAGACAUUAGAAAAGCAAAAGAGCAAACCGAAAGUGGGAAGAAUAAAAACAAAAAAGAAACAAAAGAGCAGACAGUCGAACAGGGAAAUGGGAAGAAUGAAGACAUGAAAGAAGGAAAAAGGCAGAUUCUCAAAGAGGAAAAUGGUCGGAAUGAAGAAAAAUGGAACAAAAAUUGGGAAAGAAUGAAGUCAACUUUAAAGAAUUACGAUGUGUCAAUGGAUGGUAUUCAGGCUUUUCAAAGGUUUAGGUUCUAUUGUAUAGCCGGCUAUCUCCCACCCCUUGGUAAAGACAGUGAAAAUGCUAAUAUUUGAGGAAGGUUGCUAUAAGUGCAACAUAAACUUUGCUAGAAAGAACUGUAAUCUAUUUC